AUGGAGCUGAUGAAGCAACGAAUGUUGAUUUUGACCCACGUCCACAAAAAUUCCGCAAGAUGUCCAACUACAGUGAUUUCUUUAGGAACACUUGUCUCAAUUUCAAAAGAAGUUUCAAAAAUGCCUAUUUUUCAAUUGUUUGAGCCUGCAAAUGUGCGUGGUUAUGUCCAUGACCACGACUACCUUGAGAAAACACAAGAGGACAUUUAUUUGGAAAGUGUUGGGCUCCUUAACAUUAGUCUUGAAAAAGCAAAAGGUAUUGAACUAAGAACUCUGGGUCAAACAAAGAACAAGCUCUGGCAUGAACACCGCAGUAUGCGCAUUACUUCAUCGCACUUUGGACGGAUAUGUAAAGCCACAGAAAGGACAGAUCUUAAUAAGUUGGCUGAUGAACUUUUAAAUCCGAAACCAUUUCAUGCAAAGGCUACCGAUCAUGGAAUCAAAUAUGAGACAGAGGCAGUAAGAAAAUAUGAAGAAAAACUAAAAUGUAAGGUGAAUCAAUCAGGACUUUUUGUUUCUCAUGACUUCCCCUAUUUAGGAGCCUCACCUGAUGGCAUUACAUCCUCUGGUGUUCUGCUGGAAGUGAAAUGUCCAUACAAAGCUCGUGGUAUGGAGAUCACAAACAAGACAGUUCCUUACAUGAAGAAAAGAGACAAUGUCCUAUUACUAAACGAAUAUCAUAACUAUUAUUAUCAGGUUCAGGGGCAGUUGUUCUGCACUAGUGCACAGUUUUGUGAUUUUUUUGUUUAUUCAAUUGCCGACUCAAAAGUGCUAAGAAUCCAGCGAGAUGAUAAAUUCAUUUCAAGUAUGGUAGCAAAAUUGCAGGCAUUUUACAGACAAUUUUUUGAGCCGAAACUUUUAAAUAAGCAUUUUUACAAUGAUUACAGAGGAUAAAGGAAAGUGAAUUUUAAAUGAUAAUGCUUGAUAAAUGAUCACAAAAGCUAAACCUUAAUAGAGGCAUUGAUAAACGGUUAUAUCAGAAAAU